CAAAGUUUUGGCUUACCACGACCAAAAAGCGGGGCAAGAACCUGCCAAUAUCAACCCCGCCAUGUCCGAGCUGUACCUGCAUUCAGCGUUACAACCAACAUCGAAAUGGCGAAGUUUUUAGACAAGCUGAAUCACAAGAUUCAGGAAUACUCCUCCGGAUCCAGCUCCAAUGCCCCUCAAAUCCCCUUCUCAACCAAACCCACCACACCACUCAACCCUCACGAAACCGCCGACUUGCCCGACCCUAAAACAUUCACAGCGGACGAAAAUAAGAAAUGGAAGAUCACGAAGCUAGGUCCCAUCUACUCGAGUUCUAUCAAGCGUCUAGGCUGGGACAAAGGCCGCACCUCAACCUUGGCCGGAACGACGUUUUGGAAUUUCGGCGAUGUGGUUUCUCUGGAUGGGCCGAUGAAGAAUGGCUUUUCUAUGGGCGCUGCAUGGUAUGCGAGUCCAAAUAACAUACUGGAAGUGGACACGAAAGAUUGCUCGAAUGUGGCACAUUGGAAUUUCGCAAAGCCGCAUGAGAGCGACCCGGAGCCGUGCGGUGAGACGAAGCAUUGGGGGAUGGAUACGUCGAAUAUUGCUGAAGUGGAACAUGGGGUGGGAAUUGGAUUUGUGUGGGAGAUUUGGAGGAACACGACUGGAAAAGAGGUCAACAGGGGAUUGGGUAUAAUCAGGGUCACGCUUGGGGAGAAAGCUCCUAUCGCCGAGAGAGUUGGACCGUUGGUAACGGGACCGGAUGAGUUGCAGGUGGGCUUGAUGACGAUUAUCAAUGCUGAGGGAUACAUCUACACAUACUCCAACGCUGGCCUAACAGGUAUUGUCGUCGGGCGCGCCAAAGUCGCCGAAGCAUUCGACGCAACAAAAUACGAGUUUCUCCGCUGCGACGGACGCUGGGUUCGCGGUAUUCCUAAACGCAACGACAUCGGCUACGGUAUCCAAACAAUUGGGAAGAACCAAGAUAAGAUUCACAGUAACAAUCAGGGAAGCAUCAUGUAUAAUAAGUACCUGCGGAAGUAUAUGCUGUUUACGUGUAUGUAUGGCCAUGCGACGAAUUUCUAUAUGAGCGAAACGCCGUAUGGACCAUGGACGACGGAGUAUAGGUUGUUGGAUAACACGCCGGGGUAUGGGAUCAAUGUGCAUCCGGAGAUGAGUGAGGAUCAUAGGGUGUUGUAUAUUUCGAGUGGGACGAUGCAGAAUGUUAUUUCUAUGUGGAAAGUGGAGUUUGGGUAUUGAAUGGGGGCGGAUUAUGAAAGGAAGGGUGUACAAUUUUGAGGAAGUAAGUCGAAGGAUCGAAAUAAUACAAUGCCCUUUCCAGCAAUGUUUAAUUGCUCUCAAUCGU